GAAGCAAAGAAACGCAGACUUCCUCACUUUCUCCAGCCAUUUUCUUCAGAAGCGCUGGCCAAUUUAAUUGGUGCAUUUAAACAGUUAUUGGGUAAUAAUUAUCCAGCAGCUUGCUUAGCAGUUGGCGGAGUUGCUAUGGCCACCGGCCAUGAAAGGAUAACCUCAGCGUAUGGUUCAUGUCCCGUAAUCAUACUGAGUGGAGACACCGAGACUGGAAAAACUACCGUUUUGAGGUCUAUGCUAUCUUUAGUCGGGAACGACGGAGUCCUAAAAGGUAGGAGAAUACAGUCGUAGCUCUCGUAAGCGACCACUCCGGGAGUUCAAAAAAAUGGUCGCAACUAGAGCUGGUCGUUUACGAGAAUGGGUUUUCCUAAACGACCAAAGCUAUAAACAAUAAAAUGCAUAAAAUGUUUGGGAUUUCUUAAUUCUCAUUAAUGGUAUAGAAAAGAAUGUUAGUGAAUGCACCUACAAAAACUGGAAACUUCUUUUCUUUCACGCACAUGUGCCAAAGUAUCCUGACAAAUUACUGAAAUACUUUGGGUGGUCGCUUACGAGAGCUUAAAAAUAAUAGAAAAGUCCAGCUGGGUAAUCGCGCUCAAAGGUGGUCACGGUUGCUUAUGGGAACGGUCGUUUACGAGAGCUCAAUAAGAGAGUUUAUGUGAAAAUUAAAAUUGUGUUUCACAUCGGUGGUUGUAAUUAAAGCUGGUCGCCUACGAGAGUGGUCGCAGUGAGAGUUUCGACUGUAACUAAGUUGUUAAAGGGAGCUUUAAUAUUGAAAUUUACGAUGAUAGCAAUUAUGCAGGGAAAAAUGAAUAUACAGAUUCAAUGUGUUGACUACACAUAACUGUCUUAGACUGGGAUAACAUUAUUGUCUUUGGUAAGAGUCAUAACAGACCGCCAGCCUCAAUUGGCCUAAAACAUAUCGUCAAUUUUUUUUGGUGUGUGACGUAAUUAACUCUAAUCAGUUUAAAUACUUUUUACUUCUUUCUUUUCUGUAAGAUUAUACUGGAAAUAGCGCCCUGGAGCAGUGCAGAUUGUCAUGCUUGCCGUUCGGAUGGGACGAUCCGGCCACACCAAAAGACGUCUCAUUUAUUGUGCAGGCAAUCUUCCAAAUGGUAAUUAUGCAUUUCAAGAGUACUCAGGCGAACUCACACACGUUAAUUUUCAGUAGUUCCCUAUUGACGUUGAACUCAUGCCACGUUUUACCCACCAUUUUUGUUUCUGCAUUGCAAAAAAAAAUCCUUGUAAGUGACUGAAUUUUUCCAAGGAAAAAUCGGCGGGUUAAAUCGUUGAUCGGUACAUUUUGGGCAUAUGGCUAACAAUAAUAUAGACUCAGUGAAAAAUUAUUAUAUUUGCAGAAUGGAAGAGAAACUUAUAUUUCUAAAGGAAAACCUCGAGGAGUUCCUAUAAUCUCAGCCAACUUUGCCUGUGAAAACCACAAAAGGUGAGGGGAAACUACGUAGAAUACAGGGCCUGGACAGACCACAGUUCUAUGAUUUUAGCACGGUUUUAAAAUAAAAUCGUAAAGUUCCCACGACGUAGCCCAUUUACAACCUUGAGAACAGUAUUUUUUAAUUUUAAUCCUUUUGUUCAUCGGAAAUGCUGACAGCAAAAUAUAAAAGUUAACAAAGCAACUCAGAUUAUGGAAGAAAACAACACUGUUACCCUGACAACCAACUUUAACUAUUACAAUUUAAGUUUGUUAUAUCCGUGACGGAAACUUGUUUUCGAAAUCUGUUAACACCAGACAUCUUCUGUAAUUUCUAACUCUCAUGCCAGUUGUGCAGGUAUAUACAGUUUUCGGAAUGCCUUUUCAAACACGUUAAAAGAUAUGUAGUCCAUCCGCGUUGAGCGUGUCUACAAAUUCGAUACAAAUGAUGAUUGUACUAUGAAAAAUGAAUAUUCAGUUAUAGUGUAUAAUACGUUUUGUUUUUUUAGGAUAUUCUCUCGAGAAGGUAUCAUCGUGUUUCAAACCCCAAGCCCUCAGCUGGAACCGAAGGAAAGACGACGUUGUGAAUCAGAGUUGAGGAAAGCAACGAAGGAAGGUUCCAAAGGUUUUUUGGAAGUACUGGGCUCGGUUGAGCGCUUCUUCUCCCAAGAGGGCCAAGAACUGUUAGAUGAUGAAAUUUCGCCAAGGAUUUGCAGUAUCUUUGAUGGUCUUCUCCGAAGCCAGGCUAAUUAUGAAAAAUUGGCCUGGUUUACGUUUGAUGUAAGUUUUUUCGCAUGUUUUAUAAAUUUCUGUUUUCCUAUGACUGGUGUCCAACACCUACAGCACCUUUAGUUGUGUUGUCUGCUUGUGUGUUUCCCGGUAAAUUUCAUUUCAGAAUUUGAUCGGCAUAUUUGUUGUUCAUUGUUAUCGUUUUUCUAUCGUUAUCGCAAACUCUCUUUUCCUUUAAAUCGAGCUGCAGUGAUUUCUUUCAAAAUGAACACUAAUCGUUAUAAUGCACAGCAUUCGUGGAAAGCGGGCACCUUUUGAUGACAUACUAGGGUUCUUUAAGAUUAAUAUUGUGAUAGGAUACAGAUAUAUUUGAUAUUAGUAUGAACUGUGUUUUUUAACAAAGAAAGUUAUUCAUCUUUUUUUUAUUGUCAUUUACCCUCACUGAAACAAUGGCGUGUUUAAUUAACUGUAAAGUGCUAUCUUUCAGAUGCUCCGAAGAGCGGGGCAUGACGAAGACAUGGACUUGGUGUGGCAGUAUGUAGAGGAUACUGUUGCUCCUCUCAUCAAGAGGAUUUACGCAGAAUCCUCCUCCGCAAUGAAACUAACUCAAGGAGUGCACGAGAUGAGUGGAUAUGUGAACGUGUGGGAAACUUUAACUAAAAAGAUGAGCACCUUCACACCCAGAGAGGUAAACAGGCAAUCAUUUCAGUCUAUCAUAAGCUAGCAAUGCAUACAACCACCGCUGAACAGCCAUACCACCUGUCGUCCCUCCCGGCCACUAACGGACGCCUAUCUAGUGGCCGGGACGAUCAGUGCCAGCGGUUUAGAUUCCAGGGCAAUAGCAAAGAUAUUAUCUAAUGAUAUUAAUCAGCCAAACAGAAACCUUUUGGUCUGGACCCUGUUGUUCGAAAAGUUAAAUUUUGUCGAGCACUGUCUGCGAAAAUCCUUGUUUUAAAAAUUAUUUUUUUGUGAAGAUUUAAAGCUAUACAUGUCAACAUACGGAGUCGGAACUGAAAGAUGCGAAAAUAUCUCACUCAAUUACGUUGUAAAAGUAAGUGGAUUCAGUUAAUAUAUUUCACACUCAUUUUUGGAAAUUAAGUCAGCAGAGGUAAGAAGUUAUACGUCUGCAUGGUCGCAACUGAAAUAAAGGGAAAAUUUGGAAUUGUUAACUGUCUAAAAAAACACAAGUGCAGCAGGUUCGGUAGAACAGUAUUAGGUGCAACUAAGCCUCAUUAAUUGGCUCUGGAUACACUGUACGACAAAAUAAUCAAGUCCUGAAAAACACAUAGUCGCCUUUGUAAUGUUGUUUUUUAAACAUCGUCAUCAAAACUGUACUUUUUUCUCUCGCAGGUGUCAUACGUUUGCAGAAAAAUAAAAAUAAAAGGAGUGGAUUGCAUCUGUCUUUCCCUCAACUUUCUAAAUGCGGCUCUGGGCAGUCCUAACGACAAAAGAUGCAUUCAACAAAUGGAAUCUGCCAUUGGUAACCAGGUGCAGCUGACGCCAUACAAAACCCGUCAAAGGUUUUUGAGUCCAGAUUCCGACGAAGAUCAUUUUAAGGUAACAUGUUUAUUCAUAACCAUCAAGAGAGAAUAUCUCUCUUGUAACCAUACAACCUGUGCUUGCGGGGUAAGAAUUGGUCACAGGAAGUUAAGUAGAACAGCACGGUUUUCACUGUACGUUAGACUAAUUAGUUCCGUUUUCAUGGCGAACGAUUACGUAUGCCAAUCCCAGCUCGAUGUCUAAUCUUCAAUACAAAUUUCUGCAGAUAAUGAAAGGUGUAGACGUCGUUGGUAGGACCGAGUUUCUAAGGGCAUUGGGACUACCCGAACAUCUCUUGCCAGCGUCUCUGAAGCGAAUUGCUCAAGGCAUGAAAGUUUCAGAUGAAUGCGAAGGUAAAUUAAUAAUAAUCACGCAAUUAAUUAAAUUAAAGGAAGAUUGAAACUAUUGAGAUAACUAAUCAGUCGUUGAGUGAAAACACAUCACUGAAGCGCAUCCGGUACAUGCGCGGAAACACUUUUAUAAAUUACCAUGAAUGUGUUUUGUCCUCGCAUUUUGGAGUGAUCAAAACAAAAAAACUGGGCGAGUGGACAUGACUAUAAAUCUGUCUGAAUAAACCUGCCAUGCACAGCGCAUGAGAUGUGUGUGACACCUGCAUUCAAUAGGUCUGUAUUAAGAGGUCGUGCUCACCUGUUAAUAUUAAGUCCCAAAGUGUGUAUUUUUCCUAUUUCAAGUUGCAUUGCACUGGUCUCUUCAUGAAACUCAACUAGUUUAAGGCCUGGGUAUAAGCUUACUGUGGAAAAAUGCUUUAUUGGCUAUAACUUUGGCAAAGAAGAUGGUAGUGAAUCGAUAUUUGGUACACAGAAAGGUGCCAUCCUCCUUAACAUUUUGAAGAAUUGUUUAUCUUAAAUUACAUCACGUUGUGUGUCACGUGACCAUUUUUCUUAAAAUUUUUAACUUUUGACAAUGUGGUGACGAGUUUGGAAGGAGAAAUCAAAUAAUAGCAUUUUUCUUAUUUAGAUUAUAUUUCUAAAAGCCACGUUUGGAAUGACCGUCCAUAAAACUUUAGAAACAAAUUAGCUAAAACGUUGUUGAAGAAGUCAUAAUGUAGACUUUCAGGUUUACACCAUCAUAUUAAUCACGUUUACGUUUGUACGUUAAUGGGAUAUCAGUGACUGGGGAUGAGCCAUUUCGCGCUUUCAAUCAUUCUAUUCUUUCUACUUCAGAUGGUACAACCGCUGUUACUAUCAGCGAAGAACCAGGAGACAACAUUGAAACGGGUAUAGAAUUAAUAUUGAAAUACGUAGUAGUUAUGUUUAAAAACAGUAUAUAACAGUAUAUGAAAUAUUGUUUCUACUUCAGAUGGUACACCCGCUGUUACUAUCAACCAAGCACCAGAAGACAACAUUCCUAUCAUUUGGUAG